AUGGGCUAUUCCAUGAAAUAAGCAGUUGUUUAAUCUCUUGAGACUAGUCUUUAUCAUAACACAAGCAUGACUCUUAAUAAAUCUACUCGAGAUGUUUCUCCAAACAGAGUCAAGAUUCAAUAAUUGCAGGAGAAGCUCCAAAGUUAAGUUCAUGACGAAGACAAGUCAACUGCGAAUAAGCGUGAGUUCUAUGAACAGAAAAUUAAGUAAAUUGAUGAUAAGAUGUCAAGAGCUCAGCUAACAGAGGACACUAAGUUUAAGCAAAUGAAGGACUAAAUUUCAAAAUUAAUUGAGGGAAUUCAGACUGAGUAGAUGUCUAGGGAUCUGCUUGAUGAGAGAAAGACUAAGGAACUAAAGCUUUGUGACAACAACAUCCAAAUUGAGCUUAAUGUUGAGAGAUAAAACAGAAGAGAAAGUGAAGCAAAGAUCACAAAGAUGAUUGAUGAAAGGUUAUAUGGCUUGAAGCUAGAUCUAGCCAAGGAGAAGAAAAUUAGAGAAGAAGCAGAAGAGAGAUAUAACAGAACAUUCGGGGAGUCAAUUAAUAGACUAUAAGACGAGAUUGAACUUGAGAAUAAAUUAAGAGAAGAGAAUAGCCAACAACUAGUAAAUAAGUUGAGCGAUGAAAUUGGAAAAUUCCAUGAGAUGUUAGUCCUCGAAAGAAAGAGAGAAGUAAGAGAGCGAAAAGAUACAGAGGAAAACUUAUUGAAGCUACUUGAAGAGACCUGUAUCAGAGUUGAGAAAACUAUUGUUAACGCCUAAUGA